AGUCGUCGCGACUCCACCUCCACCUCCUCUCCGUUCUCCUUCUUCCGCUUCCGCGCCGCAGGCGGCCGUAGAUACCCGCCGUCGCAUUCCUGUGAAGCAGCGCACCACCUACGUUUCGUUGCUCGAUCUCCAUCGUAGGAUAAUGGGAGGCUGGACGGCCGCCGGAAAAGGGCUUCUAAUCGCCUUCUUGCUAGCUUUCACCGCCGCGAUCUCGCCCUCCGCCUCCGCCGCCUCGACGAAGAAGGCGAAGGGCUCGGACUCUCCUCCGCUGAUGUUGCAGCUGCCGGUCGAUACCGGCCGCCGGGAUCCCUCCUCUGUCGUCUUCCCCAUCUACGGCGAUGUCUACCCGCACGGGCUGUACUAUGUAGCGAUGAGCAUUGGCGAUCCGCCGAAGCCCUAUUUCUUGGAUAUCGACACCGGCAGCGACCUCACUUGGCUCCAAUGCGACGCUCCCUGCGUUAGAUGCUCCAAGGGGCCUCACCCGUGGUACCGGCCGACGAGAAACAAGCUGGUGCCCUGCAGGGACCCCCUCUGCGCCGCCCUCCACGUCGGCACCAUCCACGACGAGAACUGCGACCAAUGCGACUACCAGAUCCAGUACGAAGACCGCGGCUCCUCCCUUGGCGUGCUCAUCUCCGACGCCUUCAACCUCCGCCUGAUCAACACCACCGUCGUCCGCCCUGUCUUUGCCUUCGGGUGUGGGUACGACCAGCAGUUCGCGACACAGAACGCCCCUACGCCAACCGACGGACUUCUUGGCCUCGGCACCGGGAAAAUUAGCGUUCUGUCGCAGCUGAGCGAUCAAGGGGUGACCAAGAACGUCAUGGGUCACUGUCUCGGCGGGAAGGGAGGAGGCUAUCUUUUCUUCGGAGAUGAUUUCGUCCCCACCUCUCUGAUGACUUGGGCGCCCAUGUCUCGCUCCCGGAAUUACUACUCACCUGGGCCAGCAAACCUCUACUGGGGCACUCGGUCUCUGGGAGUGAAUCAAAUGGAGGUGGUUUUCGAUACCGGGAGCACCUUCACCUACUUUGGGUUUCAGCCCUACCAAGCAUUCCUCUCGGCUGUGAAGAGUGAUCUUUCCAAGAAACCACUGAAGGAGGAGUUUGAUGACCCAUCCCUUCCGGUGUGCUGGAAAGGGCCGAAGGCAUUCAAGUCCGUGAAGGAUGUCAAGAAGCACUUCAAGACUUUAGCUCUCAACUUUGUGAAUGGAAACCGAGCAUUGCUCGAAGUACCUCCCGAGAACUACCUUAUCAUCACUAAACAUGGGAAUGCGUGCUUGGGAAUCCUCAAUGGCACCGAAGUUGGACUCAACAAAGACCUCAACAUAAUUGGAGACAUCUCCAUGCAAGACCGCAUGGUCGUUUAUGACAACGAGAGGCAGCACAUUGGGUGGGUUCCGAUCGGCUGCGACAGGCUCCCCAAGCCUGGAGCUUCCUCCCGGUGAUGCUACACUGCUUCCCUUUACGUGGAUGUGCAGGAAAAGGGGACGGUCUCUCACGCUUUCAAACAUUGCAGAUGGUCAUAUCACCAUCCUGUAAUGAUAACAGGGGGUUGCAUAUAAUUGAUUAUGUUUGGAUGUAAUUAAUUACAGGAAGAUGCAAUAAAAGUCUAAUUCA